AACAUUUUCAGAUGUUGACAGGAUUGGUUACGUUAACAUCCAAAAAUGCUUUCAAUAUAAGGUUCCCGGGAAUAAGAAAGCUUUGGAAGACAGCGGAUGAAGUCGAAGCAGAGAAACUUGAGAAAGGCAUACGCAAUUCCAUCUUACAGAUGAUCAAGAGAAGAGAGAAGAAGGUGAUGGCCGGUGAAGAAGAUGGCUUUGGGGAUGAUUUCCUAGGACAACUUGUGAAGGCUUUGCACGAUACGGACAAGAGCAAAAAAUUCACAGUAGAUAAUUUGGUGGAUGAGUGUAAGACAUUCUACAUAGCCGGACAAGAAACUGUCAACUCAAUGAUGACAUGGAUGUUAUUCCUCCUAGCGAUUAAUCCAGAAUGGCAAGAGGAAGCAAGAAGGGAGGUUCUCAAUGUAUUUGGGAAUAAAGACCCUGAUUCCGAUGGACUAGGAAAGCUUAAGAAGAUUAGCAUGAUCAUGAACGAAACUCUGCGUUUGUACCCCCCUGUAGUCGGCUUGACUCGAAAAGUUGGCAAGAAACUGAGGUUAGGAGGCUUGUUCUUCCUGCUAAUAGUCAGAUCUUUAUACCGACCCUUAAGCUUCACCAUGACCCUGAAAUCUGGGGGGAAGAUGUGCAUGAAUUCAAGCCGGAGCGAUUCUCAGAAGGCAUAGCUAAGGCUACCAACAACAAUGCGGUCGUGUUCAUCCCC